AUGGCUGCUACUGGAUCUUUCCGCAUGGUGUCCGAGGAGGAGCAGGCCAUGCGCUCCAAGCUGGAGCAUUUGACAGUGAAGGAUCAUGGGCCGGUGUUCGGGCCGUGCCACAAACUGCCCGGCCACACUGUGCAGAAGGCCAAGGACGAGCUGAACAAGACAGACGCGAGCCGGGCGUCCUCGCUGAAGGACCUGCGAGCCAUGAUGAAGGACAGGGCGUCCGAGGGAGACAACCUGGCCAAACUGAUGCUGGAGCGCUUCGGGGACGAGCCCGACUCGCUGCUGCUGCGGUUCCUCAGAGCUCGCAAGUUCGACGUGGUCCGGGCCCACGAUCUGAUGAGAGGUUACGUGCGCUUCAGGAAGGAGUACCCCGAGCUGUUUGAGAACCUGACCCCCGAGGCGGUCCGCAGCACCAUCGAGGCCGGGUACCCUGUGGUGCUGCCCAGCAGAGACAAGUACGGCCGCGUGGUCCUGCUCUUCAACAUCGAGAACUGGGACCUGGAGGAGAUCACCUUCGAUGAGAUCUUGAGAGCUUACUGUGUGAUCCUGGAGAAGCUGCUGGAGAACGAAGAGACUCAAAUCAACGGCUUCGUCCUGAUUGAGAACUUCAAGGGCUUCACCAUGCAGCACGCCUCGGGGAUCAAACCCACGGAGCUGAAGAAGAUGGUGGACAUGCUGCAGGACUCCUUCCCCGCCCGGUUCAAGGCGGUGCACGUCACUCACCAGCCCUGGUACUUCACCACCACCUACAACGUGGUCAAACCCUUCAUGAAGAGCAAACUGCUGGAGAGGGUCUUUGUUCACGGCGACGAGAUGGAGAACUACUUGAAAGAAUUCGAUGCCGAGAACCUGCCGGCAGAUUUCGAUGGAAAGGCGUCUGUUUCCGACAACCAGGCCAUCGCCACAAAGCUGUUUGGCUCUGAAGACACCGCUCUCUGA